AGGGAAGGAUCUAGAAUCCCCUCCAUCCAUAUAGUUCUAGAAUAGUCUAUUAGAUAUAAUAGGUGGAAGUGUCUAGAACACUCUCCACCAUAGUAGUUCUAGAAUAAUCCUUGUAAGGCUAUAUAAAGGGGAGGCCCUCAUUUGGCCAAACCAACCUAUGUAACAACCAAAAACCAAGUAUCCAAGAAUUGUAAGCUUUCUCUCAAGUGUAAUACAAAGCUAAUAUUCUCUAAAUCUCUCUUGUGUGUGCAUUCCCCUAGCUCCCUUCCACAAAAGGCUUACUUAGGUGCAAGCAAGGCGUGCUACAAGCAUCUAAGGCCGCACGGUUGGCUUGGAAAGACUGAGGGUUGGUUCAGAAAUUCCAAGGCCGUGACAGUUGGUAUCAGAGCGGGUUACGAAGGCGUCGUGACUUGAGGAAGGAAGGGCACUAUGUCGGGAGUAACUCACACGGAGGAGCACCGCGGAGGGGAGAUUGCUACAAACUUGGGCAAAUGGGCAAUGCGGGUUAAGGAUAUGAAGCCAAGGGAUAACUGCUUCCUUUGCGAUGAGCUACAUUGGGCAAGGGAUUGUCCUAAGAGGAGGAGUCUCAUUGCAAAGCUGGAAGAGCAAGAAAGGGAAGAGCAGGCUUGCACGGGAUCUCUGCAGCUGCUUGAAGCAAAGCCUACUGCAUCAACCCAAGGGGAGAAGGGUUUGAUGUACGUAGAGGGCAAGGUCGAUGGGGAGGCAACCCAAGUCAUGGUCGACAUCGGGGCAUCGCACCACUUCAUCAAUGCGGAAGAGGCCAAGCGGGUUGGUCCGAACCUUGACGGGGGUCAAGGAUUGAUGAAGGUGGAAAACACCAAGGCAAAGUCCGUGGAGGGCCCGGCUCAAGGGGUUGAGCUGCACCUUGGUAAGUGGCGCGAAGAAGUCAAAGACUGUGGCAUGGUGCUGGGACGGUACGUGGGACUUACGCCAAGCACCGUCAUUGUGGAGUCCGCACCAAGGGUGGUGUCUGCGCGGGGCGGGUUUCCCGUGGGUAGGGGAAUGGACAAGCAUGGCGGUAGGCAGGGUAAUGUCCCCCUGACAAGGGCAUCAGGGACUAGCGGUGGUAGCAUGUCAUGUAUCAAGUACAACGUGGCACAGUCAAAACCAAGAAGGAGUAAGUCAAGGAGAAAGACUACGACUUCGAGGAUGGAGACGCGACGAGGGCGUCGCAAGCAUAGGUGGGGGAGAAUGUCACACCCUGUCGAAUCAUCAAGACUGACGCGACGAGGGCGUCGCGAGCAUAGGUGGGGGAGAAUGUCACGCCCCGCCAAAUCACUAAGGCAAGAUAACCUACAAAAGGGAAGUCUCAAGGAGGAAAGGCUAGUGAAAUGGCUUGGAAGCUCCUGGAAGACUUGAGAAAGUAUGAAGGCCAGGAAGGAUGCUAGAGGGUUCUGGAACUCUCUAGAAUGGCUACAAGAAUAAAGGCUAUGGGAGCAUUGCCUAGAAGACUCUAGAAUAAUAUAGAGCUAGUAUAGAGUUAGAAG